AUUUCACAUUCUGGCUGCAGACUAUUAGAACAUAUGGCCAGGAAGAUGGCCAACGUAAUAAAACAAAAUCUUACAACACAGAAAGCAGUGAACGCAAGAAACUUUUAGCGCCUAUCAUCGUGAUAAUAACACAUAAAGAUUCAUACAAAAAAUCAGAGACUUACGAAAAGGAUGCAUCUGCAUAUGGAAGUUUUUACGUCAAACUACGUAAACAAAUGCCAGAAAAUAUUAAAAAUAUAGUUUGUAAACACUUUGAAAUGGAACUUCCUCCUCAAGAAAGAUCACAAAAAGAGCUUCAAGACCUUGAAGAAGUAAGACGCUUCAUUGCAAAAACAACAGAAUCCCUUUCGCACUGGGGCGAGAAAAUACCAAAACAGUGGUCUGACUUCGAGCAAAUUAUUAGAGAAAAACAAAAAUUGAAAAUAUCAUCUCGAGUUGAGCUUCAGAAAUUUUCUAAAAAUCUUUUGAAAGACGAAUUUGAUGAUAUACUGAAAUUUUAUCACGAAAUUGGAAUGAUUCUGUAUUUUAGAGAUUUAGGACCGGAUGUUAUCCUGGACAUUCAGUGGUUUGUUGAUGCAUUUAAAUACAUAAUAACAGAUCGUAAGCAUGUAUCAACAGAAACGGCAACCCAUGAUGAUUGGGAUCAAUAUUUUGAUUGCGGUAUGAUAACGGAAUCACUGAUGCGCAAGAUAUGGGAGGAGAAAAUUGGCAAGGGAUCAUCGUACGAGAAGUACCUGUUUAAGUUAAUACCCUUUAUGGAAAAACUUGGAAUUCUCGCAAAAAUGGAUCAGAAAUACACGCAAGGAAGUCAAUGUUACUAUGUUCCAAGCAUGAACAAGAUGCAUUUUGAGAAAAAGGAACAUUGGACGACGUUAAACAAAUCGCCAAUCCUUUCGUUUUAUUUCAAAUCAUAUUUACCCCACUUUUUCUUCUUCCGCCUUGUAGUUGCUUGCUUUGCAUUAUUUUAUACUAAAGACAAAUCAUUUUACAAAAAUGUAGCUAUAUUUCAUGGAACUCAUGAAGUUGAGUAUCACACGGUUGUUAUUGCAGUCAACAAAACAUCAAUUCAAAUCCAGGUUCUCACUCCGACAGGAAAUGACUUACCACUGCGUAAAGAAAGAACAAGGAGUAUCCGUUUAAAGAUUGAAGAGACAAUAGCAGAUCUGACAAAAACAUUUCAUGGAAAUGUUGAUUACGAGAUAGGCUUUCCAUGCCAAUGUGAACCAAUCUUCAUUACACAGGAAGAUGAAAAGCGGUUUAUUUCUGAAGAAGAACUGUUGAGAAUUUCUACAGAGGACCCUCCGUGUCCUAGGUGCAAGAUUGAUUCUGAUAAAAGAAUAAACAAGAAGGAACUUUUGGAAAUAUGGGGGAAAGAGAAAAAAUAAGCUGUUUUCCACAUGAAGAUGACUGAUGAUAUAUUACAAGCACUGACAUGAUGUUUUUAAUUUGAACACUGUAUGAAAGUCUAUUAAUGGAACAUAUAAAAAUAUCUUAAUCAAAGUUUCCAGUUUCAUUGAUUAACCAGGCAUUUGUUUGCAAUAUUUCGGCUAUCUUUGUAUUUUAAUUCAAUAACAAAGUUUCAUUGCAUAUUUUUGUUAAGAGUUAAGACAUGAUUUGUAUUGAUGAAAUAAAACAAUAGUAUAAAAACGUUCAUUUCUUUAAACCAAAGAAUCUGCAAAAUUUUAUAUGAAAUAAGGAUAAACAACA